AUGGAUGAUUGUAAACCUAUCUCAACUCCCUUAGACAUAAAUAAAACGGUUACCAAAGAGAUGAGCCCACAAACUGAAGAAGUUGAAGAAAUGAAAAAGAUACCAUAUCAAGAAGCAAUUGGAAGUAUUAUGUAUGCAGCUCAAGUAAGUCGUCCAGAUAUUUCAUUUGCAGUGGGGGCUUUAGCCAGAUUUAAUAAUAACCCUGGUAAGGCACACUGGCAAGCUGUAAAGCGUAUCAUGAGGUAUCUUAAAGGAACUAUGAAAUACAAACUACAAUUUUCUAAGGAUGAAAAUGAAUUCAUCGAAGGAUUCUCAGAUGCAGAUUGGGCUGGAGAUGUAGAUGAAAGAAAAUCAACCUCGGGUUAUGUUUUUAAGUUUCAAGUUGGCUGUAUUUCAUUGAACUCUAAGAAACAGCAAACAACAGCGUUAUCAACAACAGAAGCGGAAUAUAUGGCUUUGGCAGCAGCUGGUCAAGAGGCGUUGUGGUUACAAUCUUUGUUUAAUGAACUUGGAAGACCAUCAUCAAUUGUAAUAAAAUGUGAUAACAAAAGUGCUAUAAAUUUGUCUCACAACAACACUUAUCAUCAGGGCAACCAAAAAUAUGCAAUAUCAUAUUCUUUGCUGUGCGUCGUAUAA